AGUGGGACGGGAGGUGCCAGUCGCCUCGCCACAUUCUGUGACGCCAUUGGUGGGUUCUCUAUUGUAUCUGUCGCCCGCGCGUCCACGCUUCCCCCCUCUUCUUCAACCCCGCCUCCUCCUCCUUGACUUCGCCACCGUCCUUCCUCGUCGUCUUGGAAGCAAGGUAGCUGCACGGAGCACGCCUCCACUCUAUAAGGUGAUCUUGGGUCUCUGGCAUGAUGAGGCACAGGCAGCUCUUGCUGGCGACCGCCUGCUUGUGGGCUCUGUCGUGCGCCUCGCUGCUCCGUGCUUCCACCCCUGACGGGCUUCUCAGGGUCAGCCUGAACAAGAACAAGCUCGACCGCGAGGCGCUGGUCGCGGCGAAGGUUGACAGGCAGCACGACAGCCGCCGCCUGAGGGCCGCCGGCGGCGGCGACAUCCCUCUCAUCGACUACCUCAACACCCAGUACUUCGGGGUCAUCGGCAUCGGCACGCCGCCGCAGAACUUCACCGUCAUCUUCGACACCGGGAGCUCCAACCUCUGGGUCCCCUCCACCAAAUGCUAUUUCUCGAUAGCAUGCUACUUCCACCACAGAUACAAAUCCGGCAAGUCUAGCACUUACAAGGCUGAUGGGGAGACUUGCAAAAUUACUUAUGGCUCUGGAUCAAUUGUUGGAUUCUUCAGCAAGGAUAACGUGCUGGUUGGAGACCUUGUUGUUAAAAGCCAGAAGUUCAUUGAGACUACUCGCGAACCCAGUAUCUCAUUCAUCCUUGGGAAGUUUGAUGGCAUUCUUGGUCUUGGAUACCCUGAAAUAUCUGUCGGCAAAGCUCCUCCCAUUUGGCAGAGCAUGAAAGAGCAGAAACUUCUUAAGGACAACGUCUUCUCCUUCUGGCUCAACCGAAACCCUGAUGCACCUUCGGGUGGAGAGCUUGUCUUUGGCGGCGUGGACCCUAAACACUUCAAGGGGAACCACACCUAUGUUCCUGUUUCCCGCAAAGGUUACUGGCAGUUCAACAUGGGGGAUCUCCUCAUUGAUGGUCACUCAACUGGCUUCUGUGCAAAAGGCUGUGCCGCUAUUGCCGACUCUGGGACUUCUUUGUUGGCUGGUCCUACAGCUAUAGUUGCUCAAGUGAACCAUGCAAUUGGGGCUGAGGGAAUUAUCAGCACGGAAUGCAAAGAAGUGGUGAGCCAGUAUGGAGAGAUGAUCCUCAACUUGCUCAUAGCACAGACAAAUCCACAGAAAGUUUGCAGUCAGAUUGGUCUGUGCAUGUUUGAUGGUAUUCACUCUGUCAGUGAAGGAAUUGAAUCUGUUGUUGGGAAAGAAAACCUGGGCUCAGAUGUUAUGUGCUCAGCCUGUCAGAUGGCUGUUGUGUGGAUAGAGAAUCAGCUCCGUGAAAACAAAACAAAGGAGAUGAUAUUGCAAUAUGCUAACCAGCUAUGCGAGCGUCUACCAAGCCCCAAUGGUGAAUCAACGGUCAGCUGCCAUCAGAUAUCAAAGAUGCCAAAUCUUGCGUUCACUAUUGCAAACAAGACCUUCACCCUAACACCAGAGCAGUACAUUGUGAAGCUGGACCAAGGAGGGCAAACUGUCUGCAUCAGUGGGUUCAUGGCAUUCGACAUACCACCCCCGCGUGGUCCUCUCUGGAUUCUUGGGGAUGUCUUCAUGGGAGCUUACCACACAGUGUUCGACUUUGGCAAGGACAGGAUUGGCUUCGCGAAAUCCGCAUGAGUGUGUCAGCACUCUGCUCCAUUAGUGUAGUUUCUCUUUCAGCUCCAUGCAGACAGUACACUGCAAAUAAAUGGAUCGCGAAAAAUGCUAAAACCGGGAACACGAUUUAGCACACGGGUAGACCUUUCUUUCUGAAGAAGACUAAAUGAAUGCUUGGAGUUGUCGAGCUAUGCUUGAAGACAUGUAUGUUUGAUGUUUACUGAAGAAAGGAACACUGAGAAAUAAUAUCAUGCUCAUGUCAUCUCAUCUUGAAAAUUGUUUGUUCAUAGUUGUACAACUUAUCGUUUGUAAAAUAACUUCUGGAUUGACUUGGAACUGAUAGCAUGUGACAAUGCAAUUUGCUUCUCUGUUGGGAUA